AUGGACGCAACUGUGAAGGUAGCGAUCAGUUAAAGCUCGAAUGCAGCUGUCAAACUCCUAAAGGAGUUCUUAUUCUCUCUGACACACUGAUAACAAAACUUUGAUUUUGUUGGUUUACAGGGGUGUUACAUAAUCAAUCUUGCGCAUGCGCAGUGCAUACACUUAAGCACAUGUUUCUCUGCGACCGAGCUUGUGGUCAUAGAGAGUCGGAGGAUUAUUAAAAACAAGUGUUUUGGUCUAAUGCGUACAUUUUCAUGGUGA